AAAUAUAUACAAACAUGCAUUAAAUUAGAGUCUAUGUAAAUAAAUAAAAAGUUUUUAUUAUUUUUUUUUUAAAAAAAAAAUAUAUAUUACACAAUUGAUCGUGGCCUGAUUUAGUUCCGAUGGAGGCCACUUCUUCAAAUACACCGAUCAGUCCUAAUCCUCCAAAUUCAUCUUCCGCAUGGCCUGCUGCUAUACCGUAACCUUCAAAAAACGAGGUAGUAGCGGCGUUAAAGACUUGACUUGUGGGGGUUUCAGCAUCAGUAAUGACAGCUUCUAUUUGCUCCGUAAUACUGGUGUAGGCUACCGUACUUGUCGUUGCUGACUUGGUAUGGCCACUGGAAUGUUUUUUGGUAUCGUCUUCAUGAUCUUCAUGGUCUUUGUCUUUGUGGUCCUUGUCUUCAUGGUCUUCAUGUCCGCUCUUACCAUCUUCCUUCUUUUUAUGAUCAUUUUCCGACUGAUGAUGAUCCGAGUCCUUUUCUACUGACUGUUUAUGCAAGUCUUUUUCCAUGCUAUCCUCAUGAUGUGGGUUCUUUCCUUCUAGUUGGUGGGUAUCCUUUCCGUCUGGUUGAUGGGCAUCCUUUCCUUGUGGUUGUUGGGG